CCUUGCCACAUCACACUGAACAAAAUUAAACAAAUGUAAUGAACUCUUCAGUACCAUGGCUCUUGCUGUUUUCUGUGGGUUUCUUCUCCUGCCUUCCUUCCACUGACUCUGACCAAUCAUCAAGUGAUAUUGCUUUAGCUUAUAAAGACUUGUUAUUGUUUUCGACUCUGGAUGGGAAGCUGUAUGCUGUCGAUAAAGUAACAGGAGACACCCUGUGGAAACUGAACAGCAAGUCUCCCAUUGUUACUCAUCUCUCUUCAUCAAGCUACCUCUACCUCACUGACCCUAAAGACGGCUCCUUAUACAUGUCUGGACCCCAAAGUGAUGGGAUUAAGAGGCUACCAUUAACCAUACCUGAAUUAGUAAAGAUAUCUCCCUGUAGCAGCUCAGAUGGUUUACUCUACUCUGGCUCAAAGCAGGAUAGUUGGAUAGCAGUUGAUGCCCUCACUGGUAGAAAGCUUUACUCCUUUAGCAGUCAUGAUGGAAUGAACUCAAUGUGUCCACCUAACCAAUAUGGGAGCAAUAAGAUUAUACACAUACCUUCCAUUGAAUACAGAGUAGCUGUUCUGGACAGUAAAACAAAACAAAUAAAAGUGAACAUCACCUACACUCAGUAUGGUACUCAGUCUUACACAGCAAGGCAAUCACAAGAUCUUUUACAUUUGAGCUCCAGCUCCCAUGGUUUAUUAACAUCACUAAACUCAUUAACAGGUGACAAGGUCUGGGAGAAGGAUUUCGGCUCCCCGGUUGUUGGAAUUUAUUCAUUAGAGAAGUCACAAGUUUUGCGUAGCAUACCCUUUACAUCAAUCAAUGACGAUACCCUCCAGGGAAUGACGGCAUCAAGAGCACUGGCUAUUAAGAACGGACUCUAUAGCCUAACGCCAACGGACACCAUUUUACAAUCUUCGUUUUUUGUUGGAGACCACAAUGGUCAGAUGUAUGUAAUGAAUGCCUUGACUGAGGAAGGAAGCAUGCAAGAGUUGCCUCUCAAUGUUCCUCUAAUUGAUGGGCCUCAGCCUCAAGCCACUAGCCUUGAUCAUCCAUCAUUCUCUGGCCAUUACCCACUCCCCGAGGACAGCAGGAUAAAGAUAGAGCAGUUGUUAUCAGAGAAAUGGAGCCAAGAGAAGUACAGGAUUGGGCCUACAGUACAGAAUAAAGAGCCUUUACAAGUUGUUGAUGGUGGUCAUAUUGAUGGACCUGGUCCUGAUGUAUUAGGUUUCUCAUUCAGUUUAUUGCUAGUGGUGGCUGGCACUGUAGUGUUCUCUUCUCUUGUUGCUUCAGUCGUGGCUGUGCUAGUAACUAAAUCAACACAAAAUGUUCCUCAUAAUCCCAGUCCCAUUCCUACACCUGAUAGUUCAAAGACUGGUUCCCAUACCAGUAAGACUCAUUCCCAAACCACUGACAACAGUAAAGGUGGUGGAGCUAUUGAAGCUACUGAUGGAGAGAGAGGAAGCAACAGAUCCAGUAUUGCUUUAUCUGAUUCUACACAGAGUAUAUACAGGAACGUGAUUUGUAGAGGCUCAUUUGAUUCAAGACCAGUCGCUGUUAAGAGAGUCAUUCAAAACUAUUUUGAUCUUGCUGACAGAGAAGUGGCAUUAUUGAGAGAAUCAGAUCAACAUCCGAAUGUGAUUAGAUACUUCUGCAUGGAAGAAGACCCAACUUUUCGUUACUUGGCUCUUGAACUUUGCUCUGCUACCCUUCACGAGUAUGUGGAGGGUCAGAAGAUGAGUGAGUUCAGUAUUGAUGAGAAGCACAUUAUAGCAGAAUCAAUGUCUGGAAUCAAUCACUUGCAUAGUUUGGGGAUUGUUCACAGGGACUUGAAACCGCAGAACGUUCUCUUGCGGACCUCGUCCUCUUUGAAAGUAAGAGCACUCAUCUCUGACUUUGGGCUCUGCCGUAAGCUACCAGAUGGAAGAGGAUCAUUCACAGCUCAGUCAGGAAUACUGGGAACCGAAGGAUGGAUCGCACCGGAAAUGUUUCAAGACAGAACAAGAGUGACGUGUGCAGUUGACAUAUUUGCAAUGGGUUGUGUAAUAUAUUACGUUCUCUCGUGUGGGGGUCAUCCUUUUGGUCCGCCAUUGAAGAGACAGGCUAACAUUGAGGCUGGGGAUUUCUCUCUUAAGGCAUUAAUCGGAGAGGACAGAUACACAGCAGAGCACCUCGUCAAUAACAUGAUUAGCUUCAACAGCAAACUAAGACCAACGGCCGACGAGGUACUUCAUCACUGCUUGUUUUGGUCAAAGAGCAGGCAGAUGAGUUUCUUUCAAGACGUUAGCGACAGGAUCGAAAAGGAGACACCUCAGUCAGCAGUAGUGCAAAGCCUAGAGAGAGGAGCCAAUCACGUCAUCAAAGGAGACUGGAGGGACCACAUUGGAGAGGAACUGAGACAAGAUUUGCGUCGAUUUAGAUCGUAUCAGGGAACAUCGCUACGGGAUUUAUUAAGAGCAAUGAGAAAUAAAAAACAUCAUUAUCGAGAGUUACCAGAAACCCUCAAGGAGAGCUUAGGUCAAAUCCCUGACGGAUAUGUGACGUACUUCACAUCAAGAUUCCCGGCACUACUCGUCCAUACUUAUAAACAAAUGGAGAUGUGUUGUAACGAGCCUGUCUUCAAAGCUUACUACUCUCGUUCCUCUUGAUGGGGUGGUGGGGGUUUCAUUUUUUGUUACACGGUUUCUCAAAUUAGUUUAUUAUUGAUAAUUUUUGUAAUUUAUUUUUCAUUUCAUUCAUUUUUCUACUCUCCCUCCUCCUCCCCAACCUUCCCGUGCAGUUACUUCACUACAAUUGGAUUUUAAAUGAAUUUUAUUUUUCAAAAAAAAA